AUGGCUCCUCCUGCAGACGGACGGCUGCCAAAUUCGAAUGGUGCGAGCAGCAAUGGUGUGAAGUUGCAGCGUUUCUACGAUGGUGAAAAGGGCUCCACUUCAAAUGCGCACCGACACGAUUUUCUUGAGGGUCCCUUUGCACACGAUCUCCGGGCGGAGACACCGCCCAGGCUGUAUAGCGUGAGUGCUAAACAGCUAGAUCGGGUUUCCGACCAGACGCUCAUGACUAGGAACCUCCCACAGACAUCUACUUCAGCCCACAGUUCUCCUGCGUUAUUUCCCACCACCCCGAACCGACUUUCGUUAUCCAAACGAGAUGCUGUUGAGUCGGAAAUAAGUCGGAGGUCCCCGCUCGAGGGCUGCCUGAAGUGUUUCGGCAGGGUGGACAUCGCGGUGGGAGAGCCCAGAAUACUUCGUGUUUCUGAGCCCAUGGUGUAUGAUCCCCCAAGGCGCGCCGCUUUUCAAGGCCCGCGCGACCCUUCGUUGUGGGGCUCGCACGAUCAUGGCCCAAUGGCAAUACAUCGACUGCGGGCUAGCACACGACGCAUAGACGUGCAGCCUUCUUCGGCGCAGCAGAUAAGCGAGCACGAAGAAUUGCUGUCAGCAGCGAGGCAUUCAGAUUCCUCCCUGGACGGGAACGGGCCGACCAGUAAGUCAAGUCGGCCUCUUUUCCAUCAACUCCAACCUGCCUGUAGCUGAUGCCUGGGCUCUGCGCCCGAAGCUUUAGGGCAUCACUCGCGUCACAUCAGAACGACAACCGAGACUGUCUCUAACUCUCCUGGAUCUGACUAUCUAGUCUCGAAACACCCAUCAGCGAGAGUCUCGCCCUCCUCGGCCCCUUCCGCACCUUUCUCACCGCUCAGCUUCGGUGAGCUGUCGGGAGGUAGGGACCAUUUCAGAAACAGGCCGACGCCUUGGGAUUCGAGGCCCGAAUCUCCUCCGUCAGCGUUCACAGUGAGUCUCUGCUUGAUGAUGCUUUUGCUUUCGGCAGCAGCUUACUUGUCCGUCGCGCUACGAUCAUUUGGUCGACUCUAAGCCCGACGAGCUCAGAUUGUUGACGCCCACACGGUCCAGAUCCGAGCCAGAUCUGACGAACCUCCGGAGUCGUAAGUUUGAGGUCCAGGCUUAGCUUCAAGUUUGUCGAAACUUACUCGAUUUGAGCCGUGUUUGAUCCAACGACGCAGCCGACUGGGGUAGUAGAGUGCCUGAAGGCACAAAGGUGAGCUGCGCUGUUGGCGAGGGAGAAGCGCAAAGUCUGAUGAAGGUGCGCACUCGAUCCGCAGCAACUUUUGUCGCCCUUGGAUCGAGCAGACCCGAACAGUCCACGGAGCGCUGUGCCGCACAUCCACAAACGUCAACUUGUGUUUGCGCCAACCUCGACUACGGGUGGGAAAGUGCAACGUCGCUCUAAUCCUGAUCACUUCCCUUUGAAUCGGAGGCAUGGUGAUGUGACAGCACCAUUGGAGCCUCGCGGCCCUCCCUAUGCCGUCGUGAGUUUCGGGCGCGAAGAGGUUGGCAUGCGCUCCAAGAACGCGCCGCCGUGCUGCGAGUAAGCUGAAGCAGACUUCGCUUUCAUUCAGCUUGCGGAUGAAAUCCUUGAUGUUGCGGGAAUCGCGACACGCAAAAAGCCGCCACACAUUGCAGACAGGUUCAAGAAGCUCAAACGAACGGUCAGCGGCUGCUUUGGCGGCAGUUGUGGUAGUCCAGAGAGCACUGCAACCUCAUCCGCGACCCUGUUAUCCAAGUCGAAAAAAAUUGAGCCUAAGCAGCUAGUGGGCAAACGUCGAUACACGUGGGCAAGUCAAUACGCAUCACCUGGCGUUCCUUCUACACCUCUGAAAGGAGAAGCUAAGCUCAAAGAAGAUCUGCGGCUCCAUUCGCUCGCCAUGCGCAAUCUGGACAAAGAGCUGUACGCAAAGGCGAGUAGAGUGCAUUUGCGCGCUCGGAUGCUCCUCCGCAAAUUGCUGACAUUCUGUCUUGCCAAUCAAUGCGCCUAUCUUAGUUCGGAAUCGCGCCAAAAGAUGGAACUUCGUUCGGCAGCCCGUUGCAAGCUGGCCGAGGUUGGAUUGGAAGCCCUCCUUCGCGACUUGAUUCGCCUAGAAGAUCCGACGGAUCCAUCUCUUCGAUCUCGAGCACCGACUGGCAUACGCCCAAAUUUAAGCCAUCGACCGUGCCAAGCACGCCUCAGCGGCUGAAUGAGCCAGUGAGUGGAUUCGUUGACGACAACAUCAUCAUUCAACGUCAUACGUUGCUGUUCUUGUUUUGACGCCCCUGCGACUGCUCAUCUUUGCUGCAGGAGCUCGCCCCAGAGCUGACUCGACAAUUCAGCACGAGUUCUGGCAGCUCUGCGGAGGAUGCCAAAGAGUUGAGGCGCAUACUUGGCAAUUUGCCAGAAAAGGCUCACCUCUCAGCGCUCCACUCUCUAGGAGCUUCUUCUCCACCGCCUCGCAAAAUUUCCACCGGCUGGUGA